UCCAAUACACUGUCGCCAGCUCGCUAGAUACAUCCAUCAUACUUGUGUUGUGUAGUAGGAUACGUUCUAGAUACAUCCAUCUCUUCGACGAGUAUUUCCAAACGGAGGGAGUUAGACCACGCAAACUGAACCUGCCAUUGCACAUUGCGAGGGAUCAUUUGCAAACACACAUCUCCUCCACAGUUAGCGAUGGCAUGUCCCAAGUCAUUCCGCUCGCUGCUUCUGCUCCUCCAACUCCAGCUCGUGGUCGUGGCCGUGAACUCGCUUCUCCCUUCCGAGGCUACAUUCACUCAUCACGCCAUGUCGUCGCCGGAGUGCCUGCCGGACCAGGCGUCAGCGCUGCUCCGGCUGAAACGAUCCUUCUCCGCCACAAAUCACUCCACCAUCGCCUUCCGUUCAUGGAAGGCCGGCACGGACUGCUGCCGCUGGGAAGGCGUCCGAUGUCAUGGCUCCACCGGCUGCGUCUCCUCGCUUGACUUGGGCGAUCGCGGCUUGGAGAGUCCCAACCUCGAUCUCUCGUUGUUCGAGCUAACCUCGCUCAGGUAUCUCAACCUGGCCGGAAACGACUUCCGUAUGUCCGAGAUACCAUCCAUCGGGUUUGAGCGGCUCACCAAGCUCACCCACCUCAACCUCUCAGCCACCAACUUCUCAGGCCAGGUGCCACGCAGCAUAGGCCGCCUCACCAACCUCGUCUCCCUCGACCUUUCCUUCCGCUUCGAACCAUCAAUUGGGCCUUUCCACGUCGAUGGCAAGUUUCCCGCCGACAUAACUCGCCAAGGGCAGCUCACACUCCCAAACUUAACAGCCAUACUUGCAAACAUGGGUGGUCUGAGGGAGCUCCAUCUUGGCUUCGUGGAUCUCUCCGGUCAAGGGGGUGAGUGGUGCACUGCUUUGGCCAGCACAAUCAUUUGACCGGUCCAUUUCUGGAGUUCUUUGCUGAAUACUCUUCUUUGAGUGUUCUUCAACUCGGUUAUAAUGACCUUCAUGGAUGGGUCCCUCCGUCUAUCUUUCAACACAAGAGAUUGGUGACUAUUGAUCU